GAGAGGAUGGCAGCCAAGAACUCUUCUGUGACAGAGUUUAUCCUUGCAGGUUUAACAGACAAGCCAGAACUUCAGACCCCCCUCUUCUUCCUGUUUCUAGGUUUCUACAUGGUCACAGUACUUGGGAACUUGGGCUUGAUCCUCCUGAUAGUGCUGGACUCUCACCUGCACAACCCCAUGUACUUCUUCCUCUUCAACCUCUCCAUAAUAGAUUUAUCUUACUCCACUACCAUCACCCCCAAAAUGCUGAUGAGUUUCAUCUCCAAGAAGAACAUGAUCAUGCAUGCUGGUUGCAUGACUCAGUUCUUUUUCUUCUGCUUCUUUGUCAUUUCUGAGUCCUUUGUCCUUUCAGCAAUGGCAUAUGAUCGCUAUGUUGCCAUCUGUAACCCACUCAUGUACACAGUCACCAUGUCUCCCCAGGUGUGUUUACAUCUCUUGUUGGGUGUCUACACAAUGGGGUUUGCUGGGGCCAUGUCUCACACAGGAAGCAUAAUGAGUCUGACCUUCUGCUCUGAAAACCUUGUCAAUCAUUUCAUGUGUGACAUCCUUCCCCUCCUUGAGCUCUCCUGCAACAACUCUUUUGCACAUGAGCUUGAACUCUUUAUUGUUGUAGCCAUUGGCAUCGGAAUACCCACUGUCACCAUCUUCGUUUCUUAUGCCCUCAUCUUGUCAGUUAUUCUUCACAUUAGUUCUGCAGAGGGUAGAUCCAAAGCCUUUAGUACCUGCAGCUCCCAUGUCAUUGUGGUUUCUCUGUUUUUUGGUUCUGGGGCAUUCAUGUAUCUUAAACCACCAUCCAUUAUGCCCCUUGAUGAAGGGAAAGUGUCUUCCCUUUUCUAUACCAUUGUAGUACCAAUGUUAAAUCAAUUAAUCUACAGCUUGAGGAAUAAAGAUGUCAAAAUUGCCUUGAGGAAAGCUUUGGACAAAAAAAUAUUUUCUUAG